AAUAAAUAGGGCAUGGGUGUUGGAUCCACGUGGCAGAACCAACACUACAAGUUAAUUACUCUUCUCUCUGCCUCUCAGUGACCCCUGGAUGUGGGAUAAACAGUGCUCAGGAUCUCAAUUCAGCCAAAGGAUUCAAUAUAUACGCACGUGCACCAAAGUGUAAUGCAGUUUCCAUUGCAUUAAGGCGUGUUCAUUUUAGGAGCUGAAAAUCCUGCAGUCAGGUAAACAGAUAUAAUGAAACCCAUACUGACAGCCUCUUCUGUAGGUGCGGAGACCUGGAACCACAUGGCUUUGUUGAAUUUGGGGUCCCUAACAGCAGCCUCGUCUAUCAAUAAAUGUCCUGACCCCGCAUCAGAGAUGAUGUUGUGCUGAUAAUGCCCUCAGCCAGAUGUGAAGACCAUGGACAUGUUUUAACCCAACAGAAGGUUACCAUUUGCUUCUUGUUGUUGAACCUUGUGAAAUGGAUAUCAGGUCAAAACCCCUGCCAAAAUGACUCAACCAACAGAUAUGCCAACUGCCAAGGGCAGAACCUUGUUGAAGUCCCUAAGGACCUUCCCAUCACAAUAGAAAGGUUGGACCUGUCCUACAACAGGCUAUUUCAAAUCAAAUUUGAUGAUUUUUCUGCUUACACCAACUUAAGAGCCUUGAAUUUGAGUUUUAACAACAUUUCCACCAUAGAAAGAGGCUCUUUUGCCUCAAAUGCUUUUCUGAGGAACAUGACCUUGUUUAACAACAGUCUAACGGAGAUACCAUCAACAUUGUUUGAACCUCUUCUGCUCUUGGAGUUUCUUGACUUGUCCAAUAACUUGUACAACUACUCUACCCUUGGCAAAGUUUUCGAAACCUUGGUGAAUCUACAAUAUUUGUCCAUUGGAGGCCCAUUAGUAAGCAAAGUCCUAAAAAAUGACUUUGCCCCCAUAAAGAACAUAAGCCUCAAGAAAUUUUCAUUGAAGACCAUGUCCAGUAUCGGGUUUUAUGAACCAGGGGCCUUUAAAGUUCUCAAAACAAGAAUUUUAUGGUUGGACAUUGCUCUUGAUGCAAACGUACAAGCUCUGCCACUGAUGUUAAAGGACCUCGCAGGAAAAUCGAUCGACAGCCUCCGUUUCCGAAAGUUAUUUGAGUUCACCCAUAACACAGAUGCGAGGGGUUUAUUCUGUGGCUUUGCAGACAUUAAAAUUAGGGAACUGAUUUUUUACAGGGGGACGUUUACUGAGAACCUCUUGCACCAGGCCUUGCACAGCAUCCAGAAAUCUGUCAUCCAAGACCUGUUGCUUCUGUCUGUUAAAUUUGAUCGUUCCUUGAAUACCAAUAGAACACAUAUUCUAUUUGACCACCUUUAUCUGAACAGCCUGGUCCUUAAAGACAUAUCUGGCCCUCGUAUCUUUAGAUUUGACUGGACUUUCACUUGGUUCAGUAAAGUCAGAAACCUUCACAUCAACAGUGUCAAUUUUGAAUAUGUGCCCUGUAGCGCCUGGAGUCAAAUGGGCAAUCUAGAAAGACUGGAUGUAUCCAGCAACCAACUUCUGGGCACAAACCUUUACAAUCCAUUGUGCCGAGAUGGUGGGUUACCCAAGCUUGAUACAUUCAUAGCUAGAAGUAACAAGCUGCAAAGUCUACGAUUAAUAUCUUUAUUGACAGCAAACUGGCCCAGGCUGGCCAAACUUGAUCUAACGUCUAAUUACUUGGGAGCAAUAAAUGAGGUUUGUACAUGGAUUCCAAACAUAACAACUCUCAUUUUAAAGGACAACACCCUGAAAAUGGGCAUGUUCCAGUGUUUGCCCACUUCUGUAGAGCUCCUGGAUCUGUCUAAUUCCGAAUUACAAUGGUUAGACAUGAGUUAUUUCAACAGAGCAACCAACCUUAAAGAGCUGAUUCUCAGCCAAAACAGACUAACCUUCAUGUCAAGUGAAUGGAGAAAUCCAAACCUUCAGGUUCUGCACCUAGAAGGCAACUCAAUAAGUCUUAUCGACGAGGGUACUUUUAAGGACCUGCCCAGUCUGAGAAGGUUGACAGCAGGAGAAAAUCCAUAUGAUUGUACCUGUGACCUUUAUGCGUUCUUCAGCUCAUUGCAAAAAGACAAUGAGAUGCUGCUUGUCGAUUGGCCACAGGGGUAUCAUUGCUUUCACCCUCAGAAUCUUCGAGAUAUCAACAUUCAGCAUUACGCCCCAGGGAGGGUUGAGUGUGAUGUGAGACUGGUGAUUGCAAUUUCAGUUUCAACUACUGCUGUCGUUAUUAUUUUCUUCAUGUUUCUGUGCUGGAGGUUUGACGUUCCGUGGUACCUCCGAAUGACAUUGCGCAUAGUAAAGUCCAAAUAUCGUUCUAAAAAACCCAAUCAUAGCAGAGACUACAACUAUCACGCCUUUAUCUCCUACAGCCAUUCGGAUGCCGACUGGGUGAGAGGGGAGCUGCUUUAUCGGCUGGAGAGCUGUAGCCCCCCGUACCGAGUUUGCAUUCACGAGAGAGACUUCCUCCCAGGGAGAUGGAUCAUUGACAACAUCAUCGAGAACAUCGAGAACAGCCGCAAGACCAUCUUUGUUCUCUCCCACAACUUCGUCAACAGCGAGUGGUGUAAUUAUGAACUGUACUUUGCCCACCAGAGGGCUAUUGGCCACUCAUUUGAGGACGUCAUCUUGGUGGUCAAAGAGAAGGUCACUAUGGAAGACCUGCCCAAAAGGUUCCAAAAGCUCAGGAAGAUGCUGAGAACCAAAACUUACCUUGAGUGGCCUUCAGAGCCCAGCAAGCAGCAUUUCUUUUGGAUCCAGCUCAAAAGCAUUUUAGGGGAAACUAGCUUCACAGACCAGGAGGGAUUGUCUGUGCUGAACGAAAAUGUUGUUUGGAACCCAUAUUAUGUCUCUAUCAGCUAUAGCAAUGUGAAUCUGCCGGGCAUCUGAUGGCUAAUAAUUCAUAAAUUUUUUUACUUAUAUUUAUUACUUGCUUUGUGAUACUCGACUGUUGCUUUUUAUCAUCACAGAUCAAGCAAAGAUCAAAGAAUAAAGUUUUUGUAGCAGGAGAAGUGGGUAACUGUUAGAAGUUACACCCGUGCCGCCACUAAGUAUCCAAUGAGAAUGUGUCUGGGAAGGUUUUCAUUCAUCCAGGUCAUGAUAUAUCUAGUAGAAAUUCUAGUA